AGUAUAGAUAAUGUAAAACUGACGCUAUUUUGUUUUGUUUCUUUUCACCGCCUUUCUUUCCCUCCCUCGAACGGCGACGGCCACCGCGGCAAUCUUGUUCCUCCCCCUAAAUCCUCCUCCUUAUUUCUGAGUUAUUGCGUCAUCAAAUAGAUAAAGAAGAGGACAUGUUUCGAUCGAUUUAGGGUUUCAGCGAUCUCUUUCAUUUCCAGAUUCUUUCUCAUUGAGAUUUCCCUGCUGUUCCUAGACACUGCAUCCUGACCUUGUUCCCAUCCAUAUUUGUUACUGAUACAAAAGAAAAAGUGAUUAUGGAUUUAGACGGCGGCAACAGGCGCGUCUUUAAUAGACUCGGAGGUCCGUCAGCUGCCCCACCACCCAACUCCACCAAAAACCAGAGAGUUUGUUAUCAUUGGAGGGCCGGUAAGUGCAGCCGUUCCCCUUGCCCUUUCUUGCACCGUGAACUACCUCAUUCUUCUGGCCUCACCUCCGCAGCCGCUAACGGAUCGGGUGUUCCCAAACGUUUCGCCGAUGAUUCUGGGUUUUCGAGCCCUGCCCCACGACGAGGCCCCAACUUCAAUAAUAAUCAUAAUAAUAGUUGGGGGAGAAUGGGAGAUAAUAAGGUGGUUAGGAAAACGGAGAAAGUAUGCGAUUAUUGGGUGCAAGGGAAUUGUAAUUACGGAGAUAGGUGCAAGUUUCUACAUUCCUGGUAUUUAGGGGAAGAUUUUACCUUGUUGAAUCACCUUGAUGAGCACCAGAAAGUUGUUACUGGAAUUGCGUUGCCAGCUGGAAUGGAUAAUCUCUAUACGGGAAGUAAAGACGAAUCUGUGAGGGCUUGGGAUACCAACACUGGUCAGUGUAUGGGUGUGCUUAAUCUUGGUGGUGAAGUAGGUUGCAUGAUCAGUGAAGGUCCUUGGCUAUUUGUUGGCUUACCUAAUGUUGUUAAGGCCUGGAACACCCAAACUAACCAAGAAAUCAGUCUUAAUGGACCUGUUGGGCAAGUUUAUUCCAUGGUUGUGGGUAAUGAUUUGCUCUUUGCUGGCACACAGGAGGGUACUAUUUUGGUAUGGAAAUUUAAUGCCGCCACUAACAACUUUGAACCGGCAGCAUCGCUUAAGGGUCACACCCUUGCAGUUGUAUCAUUAGUUGUUGGAGCUAAUAGACUAUACUCUGGUUCCAUGGACCAUUCUAUAAAGGCUUGGAGUCUAGAAACUUUGCAGUGUCUACAGACUCUGACAGAGCACACUGAUGUUGUUAUGUCCUUGCUUUGCUGGGAACAAUUUCUUUUAUCUUGCUCAUUGGACAAAACAAUAAAGGUGUGGGUAGCUACUGAGAAUGGAAACUUGGAAGUAACAUACACUCACAAUGAAGAACAUGGUUUGUUGAAUCUUCGAGGAAUGCAUGACUCAGAAUCCAAGCCUGUUUUGCUGUGUUCAUGCAAUGACAAUUCUGUCCGCCUCUUUGAUCUGCCCUCGUUCUCGGAGAAGGGUAAAAUUUUUGCCAAGCAGGAGAUCCGUGCAAUUGAGGUAGGCCCUGGUGGCCUAUUUUUCACUGGUGAUGGUACUGGUUUUAGAGUGUGGAAGUGGGCGGAACCGGUUCCCAAGCCUUGAUGGUGUUCCAGCAUUAAACAACAUAUGCAUCAAAUAUGUAUUUUUGGUGUUAUUAUUUUAUUACUUCUCAUCCUUUUGCUUUUGGGUGGGGUGUUCUUUUGUAGUUCACUGAGUUAAGAGAAAACGAGCACUAGGUUCCUGGUGUAAUGUUUAGCAGCACCAAGCCCUGCACAUUAGUGUGUGCCAUAAGUUCAUAUAAAGAACACUUGAUAACUCGUAAAUUUGUAGCAGUCAUUGAAUUGGAAUUUUAGAUGGUGCCUUGGCUGAAACAA